AUGUACAAUUUCACAAAGUUGGCAAUUGAGUUAAACGAACCGGAGGAUGGAGUUGCGCCAACUGACUCUCGACUACGACCUGACCAAAGGUUAAUGGAAGAAGGCCUGUGGGAUGAAGCCAAUACGGAGAAAGAGCGCCUUGAACAGAAACAACGCUUAAAACGGAAAGUUUGGGAAGACGCCGAAGCUGCAGGUAUACUUCUAUUUCAAUUGUUACUGAUUGCUUAUCAGUAG